UGAAGGUGGGGCAUGUUUUCUGGAUACCAUGAUUACAAAUUCCAGUGUGAUAGCAUCAGCCCUGAGGACAGAGGGUACAUGUCCCUGUCACCUUCCCAGUCUGCUAUAGGCUGGGCCCAGAUGAUGAGGCUAGGACUGACCAUUCCUGAUGAGAAUGGAAGAGUCUGGGAGAAUGUUGAUGGUCGCCUUGGAUACAUGUUCCCUCUGUGAUUCUGGGAUGUUACCCUUCUUUGAGAGAGUGGACAACUGACUAGAUAUGAAUGUUUGAGAGGGUCCUCUUACUUCAAAUGCUAUAGUUGGAGGGGUUGGAAGGGAAACAACUCUGUCACCAAAAAUUCUGCAGAUUUGUCCAGGUGUUCAGUGUCAAAGUCUACUCUGUAGCAGAGGGGAGCAGUGGCCCAGGGUGGCAGAAACUUAAUUCCUACUCCUCAAAGGUGGGACAAGAAAAGUCAGUGCUAUAAUGAGGAGGGAAGGUUAUUAGGACAAGAGAUGGUUUAGUCUUGGGGGGAGGCAAGCCCUCAAACAGAUCACUGUGCAGUGAUCCAAACUGAAAUGGGGGGAAUGCAGAGUGAAAUUGAGGAAGCCAAGUGGGAGCAGGCAGGGACAGCUGCUGAAGGAGAUGACGUCUGCGUUAACUUGGAAAGGAUGAGCCAUCUUCUCAAGUAGUGGAGGAGGCAGAGGCCAGCAUGGAGCAGUGUGCCAGUGUGGAGAGAGAGGUGGACAAGGUCCUGCAGAAGUUCCUGACCUAUGGGCAGCACUGUGAGCAAAGCCUGGAGGAGCUGCUGCACUAUGUGGGCCAGCUGCGUGCUGAGCUGGCAAGUGCAGCCCUCCAGGGGACACCUCUCUCAGCCACCCUCUCCUUGGUGAUGUCUCAGUGCUGUCGGAAGAUCAAAGACACUGUGCAGAAACUGGCAUCGGACCACAAGGACAUUCACAGCAGUGUCUCCCGAGUGGGCAAAGCCAUUGACAGGAACUUUGACUCUGAGAUUUGUGGUGUGGUCUCCGACGCGGUAUGGGACUCUCGGGAGAAGCAGCAGCAGAUCCUGCAGAUGGCCAUUGUGGAGCACCUGUACCAGCAGGGCAUGCUCAGCGUGGCAGAGGAGCUGUGCCAGGAGUCCACCCUCAACGUGGAUUUGGAUUUCAAGCAGCCUUUCCUGGAGCUGAAUCGAAUCCUGGAAGCUCUGCAUGAGCAGGACCUGGGGCCAGCGUUGGAAUGGGCCAUCUCCCACAGGCAGCGCCUGCUGGAGCUCAACAGCUCCCUGGAGUUCAAGCUGCACCGACUACACUUCAUCCGCCUUCUGGCAGGUGGCUCUGAGAAGCAGCUGGAGGCCCUCAGCUAUGCCCGGCACUUCCAGCCCUUUGCACGGCUGCACCAGCGGGAGAUCCAGGUGAUGAUGGGCAGCCUGGUGUACCUCCGGCUGGGCUUGGAGAAGUCACCCUACUGCCACCUCCUGGAUAAUAGCCAUUGGGCGGAGAUCUGUGAGACCUUUACCCGGGAUGCUUGUUCCCUGCUGGGGCUUUCUGUGGAGUCACCCCUCAGUGUCAGCUUCGCCUCUGGCUGUGUGGCGCUGCCUGUGCUGAUGAACAUCAAAGCAGUGAUCGAGCAGAGGCAGUGCACGGGGGUGUGGAGUCACAAGGAUGAACUGCCGAUUGAGAUAGAACUCGGCAUGAAGUGCUGGUACCACUCGGUCUUUGCGUGCCCCAUCCUCCGCCAGCAGACAUCCGAUUCCAACCCUCCCAUCAAGCUCAUUUGUGGCCAUGUGAUCUCAAGAGAUGCACUCAACAAGCUCAUUAAUGGAGGAAAGCUGAAGUGUCCCUACUGCCCUAUGGAGCAAAACCCAGCAGAUGGCAAACGCCUCAUAUUCUGAUCCCAGCCUCGAAGGAACUUUGGUUUUGAGGGGUUUUCACCCAUGAUCCUUGGCCAUCUCAGUGAGGAUGGCUGGUUUCAGUGGACUGUAGUUCAUUUCAGAGCGGCAAACUUGAGGAGUGCCACCAUGGCCAGAAGCUGGAAGGAUAUGAGCCAACCUGCCCUAGGCAGCUGGCUCCCUGGCUGUAAGAAGCUGGCUUCUCUAGUCCUGCUGUGUCCGUUUAUAUUUGCUGUAAGUAUCGACCAACAUAGAAGCAAGGACUUGCCACCAGCAGCAGAUGUCUUCCCAUCCCUGCCUCAGCCAGGUCCCACUGCCAUGCCAGCAUCAUGUCCGCCUCCUGCUGUAUGGCCUCACCAAUGUAUGUAUCUGUUUCCUACUGUAAAUAGUCUAGGUUAGAAUUGAAUGCCACUGUUUUAUAACUUGGAGCAAAUAUACUAACCUGCCUUUAGCUUCACUGGCAAAGAAUUUCACAUGCAUAUGUGCCCACUGCAGAGAGGUGCCAGGCAUGGCCUGGCUGCUGCUGCUGGUUAGAACAGAAGCAGCCAUGGUGCCCAGUCAGGAAGAACCCAGCCCGCAUCUGAUGGGGAGAAAAUCCUGUAAUAUGUUGGGCCCUGUGCAAGGUGCUUUUACACAUUCAUAAAUACAGCUCAUUACCUCUUCAUUUGAAAUUGGUAUGGAGGGUUGAGGAACAUGAAUUGUAUAGCCAAGCAUCAGGCUUGUAAAAGAGAGUGCUUGGUGGUUAAACCAGAUCUGACCCUCAAGCCCAAUCUAGGUUUUUUCUCCAUGGUGCCUGAGCUUGGUGGCUGUGUGCGCUGA